UUUUCUGUGAUGCAAUGAAAUGUCACACUGAUUUUAAUUUCAAUUUCAUUUGUACGCAUAAUUUUGACGAUAUCUUUGUCUUUUACGAUUAUAUGCUCAGAAAAUGGUUGACCCAAUAUUUGAUUACCAAUUUAGGCUCAUCCUAAUUGGUGAUAGUACGGUGGGAAAAAGUUCCCUUUUAAAAUACUUUACGGAUGGGAAAUUCGCUGAGCUCUCCGAUCCGACAGUAGGCGUAGACUUUUUCGCCAGAAUAAUCGAGGUUCAGGAUGGCACUAGAAUUAAAUUACAACUUUGGGAUACAGCGGGACAAGAGAGAUUCAGAUCAAUCACAAAGUCUUACUACAGGAACUCGGUGGGUGCUUUGUUGGUGUAUGAUGUGUGUAACAGAUCAAGUUUCGAGCACAUACCCUUGUGGAUGAUGGAAGCCAAGAGGCACAUUGAACCACACAGACCUGUCUUUGCCUUGGUGGGUUGCAAAGUUGAUUUAGUUGGUACAGACAAUAAAAAUGGUGCUAGAAGAGAAGUCACAUGCGAGGAAGCCAGGAUGUUUGCUGAGGAAAAUGGUCUACACCAUGUAGAGACAUCUGCAAAGACUGGUGUUAAUGUUGAAGAGGCUUUUGUAUUAGUGGCGCAGGAAGUGUACAAUCGCAUUCAGACUGGUGAAUAUAAAGUGGAAGACGGUUGGGAUGGCAUCAAAACAGGGUUCAACCGUCCUAAUGGUAUGGAUUUCAACUUGCUUGAGGCAGAAACUGUCCAGUCCACGUGCUGCUAAAAAAAUUAUAUAUUCUUUUGUACAUACUGACUCGUGUAAUUAGAAUAGUUAUAUAUUACGUAAGUAUAAAUUAACUAUAUAAUGUAGAUAUUUUUGGCACACAUUUGCAAUGGCAUUUGAAGUAUGCAUCAAUUUUUCUUUUUUUACAAGUUUUUAUUGAAUAAUUCACUAAUUGGUA